AACCGCCAACCCGCCCGCCAUGGCCGCCGGUGCACUGACGAAGAUCGGAAUCCCGACCCUCCGGCGCCACCACCAACGCUUCCACAGCCUAUUGAAAGCCAGCAGCAACCAACACGCCGUUCCAUCGCCGAAAAUCGCCGGCGAUCGUUUCCCCCAUCGAUUCCAAUGCGAAAGGCGUUUGCAGUUUCCGAAAUCCAUCUCUGCAAAGACCAAACCCCUCGAUGUGUUCUCUCGAAGCCUCCGGGCUAUUAUUCCUCCUCCGGCGACCGGAUUGGGUUCGUCUCCUCCAAAAUUAGGGCUUAUGGGGUGGUAUUUGGGAAUGAUCAAGUCUCAACCCAUUCUCACCAAAAGUAUAACCGCCACACUCAUUUACAUUGUCGCCGAUCUAUCGUCUCAGAGCAUUGCAAUUGGGGAAGAGAGGGGUUGGGAUUGGGCGCGGACAUUUCGAAUGGGCGCGUACGGAAUGAUGAUCAUCGGACCCUCGUUGCACUAUUGGUUUAACUUUGCAUCAAGGCUUUUCCCCAACCGCGAUGUCCUCUCCACCAUUAAGAAGAUCGCAAUAGGGCAGAUCCUAUUGGGUCCUACUGCAACUGCUAUAUUCUUCUCUGGGAAUGCUGCUUUACAAGGUGAAAGUGGUUCGGAGAUUGUUGCUAGAUUGAAACGAGAUUUAAUACCCACUCUAAUAAAAGGCAUUAUGUACUGGCCACCUUGUGAUUUUGUCACAUUCAAAUUCAUCCCUCUUCAUUUACAGCCCUUAGUGAGCAACUCCUUUUCGUACCUGUGGACUGUCUACCUCACUUAUAUGGCAAGCCUAACAAAAGUUAAUGUUUCCGCCGGAACGGGAUGA